AUGGCCGCCAACGGCGAUGCCCGACGUGAGUGCCAGCGCCUCCAGGUUCAGUUUGAGGCGGGCGUCGACUCGCUCGCGUACCAUCGCGAGUGGUGUUCGCUGAAGUACCAGGCCUUCCAGGAGUUGCUUCCCCUGUGGCAGGCGCGUUCUCUGCUGCAUGACGAUGUCCGUGCGCGCGUCGCCUCUUUCCUGGUCCCCACUGAGCCGUCGUGGACGUGGAUUCCACGGGCGGCGCUGGUCCGCGCGGACAACGACCCUGUGCUGCCGUACGUCUGCUGCUUAGCGAGCAUGGAACUCCUCCACUGGAUGCGCCCCGCCGCGUUGGCGGUCGGCUUCCCCGCCGACGCCGUGCCCGCCUCGCAGGAGGGCGCGCGGCUGCGGGUCAAGUGGCGCUUGAUGGAGAUGCAGAUGUAUUGCAUCUACGACGAGCUGGAGGACGUCAGGGCGAAGAUGGCGACGCUCGACAAGACCAUCGAAGGGCUGAGCCGCAUGCGGCCGCGGGCGACGUGGGGGAUCAGGCGCGCCUGCCCGUUCCUGGCCAGGGUCGUCGGCCAGAGCCGCGCCAUGGCGCCUGGGCGCGUCUUCCCUGCGCCUAAGCGGGGCAAGGCGCGCGCUGUCCUCAAGACGGGGAAGCCCAAGCGGAAGGCCCCGAAGCACGCGGGAAAGACAACGGCGAAAAAGACGGCGCCAAACCAGAGUGCGAGGAAGGUGCCUUACGUGCGGCACGGCAAGAGAACUUGCACGUCCAGGCCGGAGCGCGUUGCUUUCAAGAGGAACGCGUUCGAUUUCAUACGCGCAAGUGACCGCGAGAUCGUCGACAUGUUGCUCGAGGACCAGGUCUUGGAGAAUUUGGAAGGCCAGACGUGCUCUUUCUGCACGAAAGGAACCCUCGGCCCCCUGAAGGACGUCCAGGGCCGUGGACCGCGGCACCGCUGCAACCACAAGGGUUGCCAGAAGUUCUCCUUGCCCCAGAGCGGGCACAUGGUCUUCAGCAGCGGCUCUGGCGUUGCCGCGGUGCCCUUGCAGGAACAGUCUGCCGUGCUUUUCGCCGUCGUGAACAACGUCCCCCUUGCCAAGAUCCAUGCGCUCACGGGCAAGAACCACAAGGCGAUCGAGAGCAUGAGCAAGUUCAAUGAUGCGUGCCGAAAGAGCGACGUGCAGCAGCAGGAGAAACUGAUUUCUUUCGGAGGAAAGGGGCGGACGUGGAAAGAUGUCGAGGCCGAUGAGGUCGACCUCAGGGGCGAUCUACUGCCUGAUCACGCGGAGCGAGCUGAGAACGAGCGGGUCCAGUGGGAGCAGUGGGGCGGUGUCAUCGAAAGAGGCAAUCGCAAGACAUUGGUGUUGACGCGCCUCAAGCCAAGCCUCACCAAGCAGAGGGCGCCAGGCCCAGGCGCGAUACGCUUGCCUGAUUGGACGCCGUUCGCUCACAAGAACUUGAGCAACAGGAACGUUGUGCUCCACACGGACGGGGCAAAAACGUACAAGGUCAAGGUCGAGGGGAUGCUCCACGACCACGUCGUGCACCAGAGGAAGCGGCUCGUGAAGAAUGGCAAGCCCGUGAAGAAGAACGGCCGCCAGGUGUGGGUGAAACCCACGUACGCCAAGAAGUUUCAGCAUAAACUUCCUGGUGGACGAGUCCUCAAGUGCAAAGGCGGGACCCAGAUCAUCGACAGGUUCUGGCAGCACUUGCGCGGCUUCAUCAAGACCAGGAAGAGCUCCGUUGGCUCGGUGUCAUUGAACGCCAGGGUCCGAUCGGCCCAGUGGGCGUACUGGCAUGCCAACGAGGACCUGUGGCUGGAGACUGGCAAGAUGUUCAGCCGCUUGAGGGGGAAGUAG